GCCGCAGCGGCCCCAUGGAUUUCUACGAGGCGCAUCCCUCCGGCAAGGUGGACUUCGGCAGUAAAAGACCCGUGUUGGUUCUUCAGAAUGACUCUCUCUACUCUCAAAGACGUCCUUACACCAAUGAAGAUGAGGCCUGGAAAACUUUUCUUGAAAAUCCCCUCACAGCAGCUACCAAAGCUAUGAUGAGCAUCAAUGGGGACGAAGACAGUGCAGCUGCUCUCGGAUUGCUCUAUGAUUACUACAAGGUUCCAAGGGAGAGGAGAUCUUCAACAGCUAAGCCUGAGGUAGAACAUCCUGAACAAGACCAUAGCAAAAGGAACAGCAUCCCAAACGUUUCAGAACAGUCGCUCAUUUCUGCUGGAGAAAACAGAGUCCAGGUUCUGAAAAAUGUGCCUUUCAAUAUUGUCCUUCCACACACCCCCCAGAUGGGCAUGGACAAGCGGGGCCACCUCACAACCCCUGACACGACAGUUACGGUUUCCAUUGCCACGAUGCCCACCCAUUCCAUCAAAACGGAGACGCAGCCCCAUGGCUUUGCCGUGGGCAUCCCGCCGAGCGUGUACCACCCCGAGCCGCCCGAGCGCGUGGUGGUCUUCGACAGGAACCUCAAUCCCGACCAGUUCAGCUCCAACACCCAGCCUCAGAACUCCCAGAGGCGAACGCCAGACUCCACCUUCUCAGAGACUUUCAAGGAGGGCGUGCAAGAGGUUUUCUUUCCUACUGAACUGAAUCUCCGAAUGGCCAAUAUGAAUUCAGAAGAUUAUGUUUUUGACAGCAUUUCUGGGAAUAACUUUGAGUACACUCUGGAAGCCUCCAAGUCCCUCCGACAGAAGCCUGGGGACAGCACAAUGACUUACCUGAAUAAAGGUCAAUUUUACCCAAUCACACUGAAAGAAGUCAGCAGCACUGAAGGAAUCCAUCACCCCAUCAGUAAAGUCCGAAGUGUCAUUAUGGUUGUGUUUGCUGAAGACAAAACAAGGGAAGAUCAGCUCAGGCACUGGAAGUACUGGCACUCAAGACAGCACACAGCCAAACAAAGAUGCAUUGACAUAGCUGACUACAAGGAGAGCUUCAACACCAUCAGCAACAUUGAGGAGAUUGCGUACAAUGCCAUAUCCUUCACCUGGGACAUCAACGAGGAAGCAAAGGUUUUCAUUUCUGUGAACUGCCUCAGCACAGACUUUUCCUCUCAGAAGGGAGUUAAAGGUCUGCCCCUGAAUCUUCAGAUUGACACUUACAGCUACAAUAACAGGAGUAACAAACCUGUCCACAGAGCCUACUGCCAAAUUAAAGUCUUCUGUGACAAGGGAGCAGAGAGGAAGAUCAGGGAUGAAGAGCGAAAGCAAAGCAAAAGAAAAGGCAAGUGCACUGAUCCCAGCUCUCAGUUGAACGCCUUUUCUGAUGUUAAAGUGCCCAUGCUUCCCUCACACAAGCGUACAGACAUCACCAUCUUCAAGCCCUUCAUGGACCUGGACACUCAGCCUGUCCUGUUCAUCCCUGAUGUUCACUUUGCAAACCUGCAGCGUGGGGCUCAUGUCCUUCCUGUUGCUUCAGAAGAACUAGAGGGUGAAAGCUCCAACCUGAAGAGAGGAGCUUAUAUUGGUGAAGAGGACUUUAUUGCUACUCCAAAUAAGAUGGCAAGAAUAGAAGAGCCAAAAAGAGUGCUGCUGUAUGUCCGAAAAGAGUCAGAGGAAGUCUUUGAUGCCCUGAUGUUAAAGACACCAUCCCUGAAAGGCCUAAUGGAAGCAAUAUCUGACAAGUAUGAAGUUCCUUUUGAUAAAAUAGGAAAAAUCUUCAAAAAAUGUAAAAAAGGAAUUCUGGUCAACAUGGAUGAUAACAUUGUGAAACACUAUUCCAAUGAAGAUACCUUCCAACUGCAGAUUGAAGAGGUUGGAGGAUCUUACAAGCUUACUUUGACUGAGAUCUAAGAUCACAGAUCACUGUGGAUUUUAAACAAAGGUCUCAAGUGAACAUUUUCCCAUAAUUCAGUAUGUUGGGCAAAACACUAAUCCCCUCCAGAAGAAAGCCAGAUGUUUGACUUGUUCUGGGGAGCAGAGCAGUGGUUUUGCUUAAUACAUUUGUAUUUGUCUUCUUGCUCAUGACCUUAUUUGCACUUGAAAUGGGCAAGCAAAGAUCAGCAAUUAAAUGGAGAGCAUGUAUAUAUUUUUACUAGUGUAUAAACCACUAGUAGGUAUGGGAGGGGAAAUCUCCUGGAAGGUGGCCUUUUAGACUGGUGAUGUCUUAUUUAUCUAUUCAGUAACCAUGUUUGAGCCUGUUAUCACCUACUACCAUUUUACUGGACUGUUUUCUGCUAGGGAGAGCUGCAAAACUACUAAUUGAUACUAGUAGGAGUUGCAUGCAGGUUGGAGAAAAGUCUAUAAUGUUUACUUGUGACCAGGGCAGACUGUUGAAAUCACUUGUGUCAUUUGGGGGGAAUGUAAAACUGCCUUGCUUAUGAAGAACUCGCCUUAGUAACUGUGUGAACUCUCAUCAGAUGAAGCUAUAUUGUAUAUAAGUGCAAUAUAUUUUUGAAGGUUUGUAAAUGUGUACAUAUAAGCAAUAUAUAAUAUAUAUAAAAUAUGGUGUUCUGUAUAUACCGUGAAUAUAUGCAAUGAAGCCCAUCUAAAAGGAUGCCAUAUACAGAGAAAACAUAUUUAACUAGAUAUUUAAAAAUGGACAAACCCUUAUCAUGCACCAAAGGUGAGCACACGUUUGUACAUUCAUAGAAGGCACAAGAGACCUGCUUGUUAAACAUGGAUCUUCCUAUGUAGAAGGAAAAAUAUACCAGCUCUCUCCUAGAUCCUCACACACAGACAGGUGAUGGAAGUCCUGGUUUCUGUCAUGAACUGCCACUAAGUCCUGAACCCGCUGUGUACUGCUGUCCUGGGAGGCAGUUUGGGCCAAGUCUGAGAGCUGGUUCACAGGAGGAGCUGCGUAGAUGCAGUUCUCUGGAAGUCUCGUGUUGGGGGUCAGACAAAAGGUCUCCUGGAGGCUGGAUGUUUUUUCUGUAGCAGUGUACUUAAGGCUCAGCUGGAUGCUGCCUGCACCAGCAGCUCAGGCUGGAUGAACCCAUGGACUAGAUGGGUUCUAGCUUGCAAGGCCUAGGAUGUCAACAACUGGAAAUGCACAGGCAAGGCUUAUGAGCGAGGAAGGUGGCUCAGCAGGCCAAGUAUUAUCAGGGAGUAGGGCCUCCAAGUAGGUUAUGCAUUUUUGGUGCCUGUACAUACCAUGGGCCUGCUGCUGAGCUGGAGAGACCCAAUGGGCACAGCAGGCAUCCUGAGUCCCAGCUGGGAGUGCUAGACACCUCCAAAAAGUACUGCCCUGUGCUAUUUACUCAUCAUGUGCUUGUGAAGGAAAGGCACUCUUUGGUUAAUAGCGAGUGAGAAAGGGCAGCACUAAGGCAAAAACCUCCGUUACAUAGUGAGCAGAUGAACAUGAGUGACAGGUCCAGUGUCAGAGCUUUAGUGAGGGAUCUGGGUUAUGCAAGAGGUUUAUAACAUUUUCAGACAGUACAAAGCUGUACAUACCUCACCUAGAACAUGAAGGUCAACCUGGAAAGACUGGAGAAAUAGUCCAGAAAAGUAGCAUGUGAUCUUACUUAAAAAUUAAUUAUUCUACUUAAUGGUUAACAAAUUGUUUAGCUCUGUCACAGUGCUGUUUGGAAGAGGGAGGCAAAUGCCACGUUGAGUUGAUCAACAGGAGCAUGACCUGCAAGAAAUAGGAGACCUCCCCCUUUGACUCUGCUUGGCAUCACUGUGGCCUCCACUGGAGCACAGGCCAGACCAUGUGGUCCUUCAGCCAGAGCUCAUGACUUCUGAGGAGGAAGGCCAGCAUGAUUUGGCUGGUGAGGGGUCAUGUUCAGAUGGGAUGAUUGAUGGGAGCAGCCUCCCAACCCAUGGACAUGUCCUCCCUAUCCAUGGCAAGCACAGGGAGCAGUGGGUGUAAAUCACAGAAAUUCAGGCUGGCUGUUGAGGCAGUUCUCUCUAGUGAGAAGAGCAGGUAUCUCUGGACUGUUACAGGUAUAAUUCAUUCUCCCUUGGUGGUCAGUCGAGGUGACCACUUGAAGUUCCCUCCCCACCUUCUUUUUUAAUGAUUUCUCUAAAAUACAGUAUUUUGGAAUUUGUAUUUGGAUCAAUCCUGAGCUGGUUCAUUCCAUUCCCCCCCCUAUUCCUCCCUCCUUCCUUCUCCUCCUUCGUUGAUGGGCCCCAGCAGAGAGUUGGUGAUGCUCUGGGCACUGCAUGCUCCCCUCUUUGCUCUGUGGCUGGAGGUGAGCAAACUGCACACAGACUGUGGGCAUGUGGCCAGAACAGGUGGGCUUGAGGCCGAAGGAGAGAGGCUGAUGUGCAGCAUGAUGCUGAAGAGACUUGGCCAACACCUGCCCCCUGCACAGGAAUGCGCUGCUGGCACAGCACCAUGGGACUCGAGCCCAGCCAGCACCAGCCUCCUGCCUGGGCCUCCCUUCAGCAGUCACAGGAAUCAUUUUAUUACGGCAAGGGAAGUUUUUAUAAAAACCUGAUAUAUAGAAUACAUAUAUAUAUAUACACAUUUUUAUUGAAAAUGGAAGUUUUAUUACGGAAACUUGGUCUAGGGUCAGGGAAGUAGAUUUAGAGUCUCCAUAGAGGUAAGAUUGACAUGAAUGUUAUUUCUUUUUACUGCUUAAUGAAGUAUGUGAACGAAAUCUGACGAUUGUUUUCCAUUCUAAGAUAUUCUGGGACACGGGUCUUAUAACAGUAGCAGCAA